AUGGAUUCUCUAAUCUCCUCACAAUAUCUCUUCCAUGCACUCCAUCCACUCGGCGAACCUGGCGUAAAUGCAGAGCCUGGUGGCUUAACUCAGCAGAACCAAGCGCUGAUUGGACACUUUGCUCCCGCUGAGAACCAUGUAUUUCCUCCCCCAAUUCUCUUGCAUCAUCAUGGUUCUCAUCAACCUCAAAAUGUGUCUGCCGUCAACAAUUUCGAUGCUCAAUCUAUGGCCCCUCCCCCGAAGCAACGAAGGAAGAAGGCUCCGACUCUACGCGCCAAGGACUGGGAGCCGUAUAAAGCCCGAGUCCUCGAACUCCAUGACACACAGAAAAAACCUCUGAAUGAAGUCAGGGAGAUAAUAGAGAAAGAAUUUGGCUUUACUGCUGAAAUACGUCAGUAUCGAACACGAAUAACACAAUGGGGGAAGGACAAGAACAUCAAGCCAGCAGAAAUGGCAGCUAUUGUCAGAAAGAGACAACAAAGAAAGAUUCUUGAAAGUGAAAAAAGAGAGCAAAUAUUCACAGUUAGGGACAGAGAAGUCGAACCACAAAAGAUCGAUCGAUGGAUGAGCAGACAUGAAAUUUCUCAAACACACUUGUAUGCUCCUAGUCCCGCAGCGUCUGACACCAAUUCGAAAGCUACUCCAUCCGCCGUGGAUUGCCGGACUGUGUCUGAAAGAGGUUCCAUAGCUGAAAGUCCAGCUUUCUCAGAAAUGAGCUUGAAUUUCUCCUCAGGGGGCUCUACUCCAAGGGCUCUGAGCCCAGUGGCAUCCCCUUCUACACAAUCCAUCGCGGGAACAAUCCCAAGUUGGGGCAAUACUUUUACUGGACAGAGUCCGGCCCCUAUCUAUCAAAGCCUUCCAGCCCAACCCCCGGCUUCAAGUUCUGUUCAGGCGCCUUCAAGUUCUAUCUCGGUCCUACGGCAAUAUCGUUACCAGCAAGCUCAAGAGGAGUAUCUACGACAAGAACUAUCCAUGGCAGAGACUAUGUCCGUUAAUGAACAUCUUCCGACCCUUGAUUUAGCGACCAGUCUGGCCCAAGUACUUAUUGCACAAGGAAGAUAUAAAUCUGCAGAAGAGAUGAUUCACAGGGUAGUGGAAGGCUAUAAAAAGGAAAGCCAAAGCGAGAGUGCAAAGGCACUCGAUGCUUUCGACCUUCUCGGGCGACUUUUUCUCCACCGGGGACUCUAUAGUGAGGCUGAAAAACACCUUAGACGGACGUUCAAAUCCAAGAAGGACGUUCUAGGAGAGGAGCAUCCAUCCACCCUGGUCAGUAUGAGCCGCCUUUCGACGGCAUACAUAUUUCAGAACCGGUAUCUGGAAGCUGAAGAACUUGAGCUGCAAGCAUUGGAGAUAAGUACGAGGGUACUUGGUGAAGUGCAUCCAGAGACGAUGUUGCGUGAAUCAAACUUGGGGCUUAUAUAUACUCGACUGGGGCGACUACACGAGGCCGAGUGCCUGAUACAACAAGCAUUGUAUCUAAGCAAAACAUUGUUUGGAGAUGAGCAUACCCGGACGCUACUCAACAUGAAUAGGCUAUUGUCUGUUUUUACUCACCAAGGGCUUUGGGACAAGGCAGAAAUACUCGCGAUACAAGUGGCGGAUUUGGGAACGAAACUACUCGGGGAAGAACAUCCCUCUACGGUCCAAGGUAAGGCUAACUUGGCUUUAGUAUUUGAGAGUCAAGGGCGAUUGUGGGAGGCUGAAGAGCUAUGUGUUCAGGUGUUGAUGACUAGGAAGACACUUGGGCAGAAUCAUCCCGACACUAUUUCUUCCAUAGACGAUUUCAUCAAAAUGUACGAGAGACAGGGAAAUUAUAAGGAAGCUGCGGUGCUUACGAACAGAAGAUUUUUUUUAGCGAGGGAAGGAUACUGA